ACCUUUGUUAAGACGCAGAAGAAGUAGCAGAAGAAGCUGCCGCUAAAACAGUACAAUAUCAGUAGCUGUUGUUGUCCAGAAAAGGCCCUAGAAAAUGGCGGUAGCAUCAACAUCUCUAGCUUCUCAAAUGUCCGGCCCAAAAUCUGCCACUUCCAUUUCAUGCCCACAAUUUUCUGGCCUCCGUAAAUCUUUCUCCAAGCUUGAAAACUCUGUUUCCUUCUCCACUUCUCAAGCUUUUUUCCAUAACGUGGACUCUCAACUCCGCCUUUCUUCAGCCCAAAAAGGUUGUAGGGCUGUCGUCACUAUGGCCGGCUCCGGCAAGUUCUUUGUUGGUGGAAAUUGGAAAUGUAAUGGGACAAAGGAUUCCAUAAGCAAGCUUGUCUCUGAUUUGAACAGUGCUCAGCUCGAGUCUGAUGUUGAUGUGGUUGUAGCACCUCCAUUUCUGUACAUUGAUCAAGUAAAGAACUCACUCACCGACAGGAUUGAGGUUUCUGCCCAGAAUUGUUGGACUGGAAAAGGUGGAGCUUUCACGGGUGAAAUCAGCGUAGAACAGUUGAAAGAUCUUGGCUGCAAGUGGGUCAUUCUUGGUCAUUCGGAGAGGAGACAUGUAAUUGGAGAAAAUGAUGAAUUUAUCGGCAAGAAGGCUGCUUAUGCUUUGAGCCAAGGUGUUGGUGUUAUAGCCUGUAUUGGAGAGCUGUUGCAAGAAAGAGAAGCGGGAAAAACUUUUGAUGUCUGUUUCCAGCAAUUGAAGGCUUUUGCAGACGCUUUACCAAGUUGGGAUAGUGUUGUCAUUGCAUAUGAGCCUGUCUGGGCUAUUGGAACUGGUAAAGUUGCCUCGCCCGAGCAGGCUCAGGAGGUACAUGCAGCUGUUCGCGAUUGGCUUACUAAGAAUGUUUCAGCAGAAGUUGCUUCUAAAACACGCAUUAUAUAUGGAGGCUCUGUGAACGGAAGCAACUCAUCUGACCUUGCAAAGAAAGAAGAUAUAGACGGUUUUCUAGUUGGAGGUGCUUCCUUAAAGGGUCCUGAGUUUGCUACCAUUAUUAAUUCUGUGACUUCUAAGAAGGUGGCUGCUUGAUCAUUUGUCGUGAGGUUGAUCAUGGGAAAUAAACGUCGAGGAACACUUGACAAUAAACUAAAUUGUUCAGUUUUGUCAAUCGGAAUUUUGAUGUCUUUCCAUCUCUUCCUGCCAGUGUAACAUGCUUUACAUCCAUCUCUUUGAUAAAGAGCUGUACUAGCAAAAUAAUGAGCUUAGUUUUAGGCUGCUUGUAUUGGGCAGGGCUUGUACUGCUUGCUACAUGAUACUUGAAAUCAUAUACACAUAUAUAUUUGACGUUACUCA